AGAGAGAAAAAAAAAAAAGGAAAAGGAGAAAAAGCUGUGCUUUGAUUUUUUAUUUGGAGGAAUUUGAUUAGAUAUGGUUGAGAUUCUUGGUGAGAUUGAGCCUCCUAGCCCUGUUUAUGAGGCGGAGCUACCGGAGGAGGAUGAAGAACAAGAGGAGAUCAGCUACGAAGAGCUGAAGAAGCGGAUGUGGAAGGAUCGGUUGCGGAUGCAGAGGUUGAAGGAGACACGAGAGAGUUCAAGGUCCGAUCAUCAGUCGGGGGUGAGGCAAGAAGCGUCUCGCCGCAAGAAGAUGUCUCGUGCUCAAGAUUCCAUCCUCAAGUACAUGGUGAAAAUCAUGGAAGUCUGCAAAGCGCAAGGGUUCGUUUACGGGAUAGUUCCGGAGAAAGGCAAGCCUGUUACCGGCUCAUCAGAUAGCUUACGCAAGUGGUGGAAGGAGAAGGUUCAGUUCGACAAGAGUGCUCCGCUUGCAGUCGAUGAAUUCUUGCCGAUAAUCGUGGAACAAGGCGAAUUGGACCCUAUUUCUUGUAUGCAUCUCCUUCAUGACUUGCAGGAUACUACUUUGGGAUCACUUCUUUCUGCUUUGAUGCAACACUGCGUUCCUCCUCAACGUAGGUUUCCGUUGGAAAGAGGUUUAGCCCCACCUUGGUGGCCAACCGGGAACGAGCUUUGGUGGGGCGAACAAGGGAUGUCUCAAGAACAAGGCCCUCCUCCUUAUAGGAAGCCUCAUGAUCUUAAAAAGGCUUGGAAAGUUAGUGUAUUGGCUGCUGUGAUCAAGCACAUGUCCCCAAAUUUAGAUAGGAUAAGAAGGCUGGUGACUCAAUCUAAAUGUUUGCAAGACAAGAUGACAGCCAAAGACACAGUCACUUGGUCUAAAGUGGUUAACCAAGAAGAAGCUCUUUUAAAGCUUACUGAGAAAUGUCUCAAAAUCUCAACUACAAAAGAUGAUGAGGAAGAACAGGAUUCUGAGUAUAGCCUUGCAGCUGACGAAGGCAAGCAUGGUGAGAAGAUUGCCAUAUCUGGAGAUAAAAGGAAGUAUCUUUUCAAGCGACAGGUUACCCCGAAUAUGAUGUAUGCUUGCCAGAAUACCAUGUGCCCGCGUAGUGCACUCGAACUAGGUUUUAUAGGCAAGAACACGAGGAGUGACCAUGAAUCCAGUUGUUCCUAUCGGUCUAAAGAAAGCGAUGUUAGCCAAGAAAGCAGUGAGGAAUCGGAAUUUUCCAAUAGAAAUCUUGUUCCAUAUGAUCAUCACUCUUUUGGUCCUCAGGCCAAAUUGAACACAGAUAGCUUGGGCGAUGCCCAGAAAGUAAUUGCUGUCACGGAUUGGCUCGAUAUGGAGCUAGCAAAGGCUAAUGAACAACAGAGAAAUAUGCAAUCAGAUGAAGUAGGGGAUAUAUCUGGCACGGUUUCGCAAGAUUAUAUAAACUAUUUGGAUGGUGCAAUUGAAGAUCUACCAGUGCCAGCAGAAUUUCUACUUCAAGUAGGAGAUAUGGACUUAGACCCAUCUCUUCCAUUAUUGCUAGAGAACAUCCAAGAUCAAGGAUUAACUUCAAUUUGGGAUAUGGGAUUUGAUGGAAUAUCGGAAUCAUAAGUGGAGCAAAGACUGAGAGAUUGAGUAAGCUGGACAACUACAAGCUCAAGUUUGUUCCAAACUGCAAAAUUUUAAAUGCUGCAGGGGAUUCACUUCCAACAGCAAAUAUGCUCAAUGAAGUCUUUUUAUUUACUAGAAACAGUCUGUUUAUAUAAAAAAGCUUUUCAGCUUUUAUCCAUAAUCAUGUUUUUUUCCCCAAAAUUACUUCUCCCGUGUUGUAUUAGGAAGCUACUAUACAUCAAUAGAUAUAUGUAUAAUGCAUGUAUUUUAGAGGAAAAGAAAUACAAGUGAAGAACUAAAUGAUCUAAAUCAAAAUAAGCAAUUUGAACAUUUCAGUUGGUAGUCAUAGAAACUAUGCCUUCGAGAUAUGCAUUUGUCGUACUCGAAUCUUCUUACAUCGCAGGAAUAACCUUUCCUGAAUUUGUUAUCAUAUUUCUUUUUUACUCCUACCUCAAACAGAAAAGAGAGCAGAAACAAGCCUGUAAUAAAAAAAUCUUUAUUCUCCAUGAUUAUAGGAUAAUUGCUCAAUGCCGGAACCGCACCAUAGUAUCUGUUUCUCUUUGAAACGGUUGAAUACUCUUCCGGCUUCUCUCUCCAUAUCUAACUGCAUUCAAUGGAAAAGAACAUGUCUGUCAAGUUAAAACAUGAAAGGAACUUUUAACAGUACACUGUAAUAAUCCAGACAUCAUUUUCAUGUGAAUAGUGAUUGACUUAGCGGGAUUUUUAGGGAAGCUAACAUCUUGUAAAUGACUGGCCGACUUUUUGUAGUUUUCUUAAAGCAAAAGCAACUUAAUUAUAUUGCUCUCUACUGUAUGCAUCAUUACUUUAUCCAGCAAGUUUGCAUGUCAUCUAGAUCCAUAAGUACAAUUUGAUCCAAGUCAAACAAAGAAGAGAACUUUGAAAAGGAAUUAGCUGCAUAGGGAAAAGAUUUGAGAGAAAAGGAUAUAUUUACCUAUUUAUCCCAUAACAAAGGAGGCAAAAGAAAACAACAUAUUGAUCAUCGUGUAAAA